CACUCAACCAAUCAGCACCAACCCUUGUGUUCCGUGACAGCCUCCUAACAACGUCGGCUUAUCCAUGCCACCAUUGAUCUCUAGAAUCUACCCCAGCUCUCUUCUCUCAACCGGCUUCCUCUUGUCUUGAGCUUCAGCCUUACCAGAAUUCAAGAUGCUCUCUUUUAUCCUCAUCCAGAACCGACAGGGCAAGACUCGUCUCGCGAAAUGGUACGCCCCUUUUAGCGACGAGCAAAAGAUCAAGCUCAAAGGCGAAGUCCAUCGCCUCGUCGCACCCCGCGAUCAAAAAUACCAAUCCAACUUUGUCGAGUUCCGCAACAACAAGAUCGUUUACCGCCGCUACGCCGGUCUUUUCUUCUGCGCCUGCGUCGAUACAAACGAUAACGAGCUCGCCUACCUAGAGGCUAUUCACUUCUUCGUCGAGGUCCUCGAUGCCUUUUUCGGAAACGUCUGCGAACUUGAUCUUGUUUUCAACUUCUACAAGGUCUAUGCGAUUCUUGACGAGGUGUUUUUGGCGGGCGAGAUUGAGGAGACGAGUAAACAGGUUGUGCUUACACGGUUGGAGCAUCUCGACAAGUUAGAAUAAGGCCGACGCUUGGUCGAGGUCUGUAAGGCCGUGGGAAUAGGUGGGGUAUUUUGAAAUACUGCUUCAUCUGGCCGAAAUUGUCAUUUGCAUAUCAUACGGGCAGGCAGGAGUUGAGGCGUUUCGUGGAGGCAUCCACAAUAUCGAGAAUAUACCAUUAUCGCUGCUUUGUCCUUUUUAUCCCAAACUCCCGCUAGAAGAGGCUUGACUUGGAUAUACAAACGACCCUUGUUCGACUCAUAUCGUCAGGUCGAUGGGGAACGAGAUCGUGCCGGAUCCUUUCAAACCCAACCUGGGGCUAUUACCACCAGCAGCGUCGAGCCUCGCCUUUUUCUUCGCUGGUGCGUCCCCAUGUUCUUCCUUCAUGUCCGACGGCCUAGUCUCUUCGGCUUCUGUAUUUUUAUCUCCAGCAGUCUCUAUGCUCGAGAAUGGGAUAUCUUUCGUCGGCCAGUUCUCCAGAGCAGAUUUGGUUUUUGCAUUAUUGUACUCAUCAAGCUUUCUGAUUUGACCGCGAGUCUUGGUCUUCAAUUCUUAGCAGAGGAACCCCCAAUCAGCUUAUCCACUUACAUUGUGAUCGCGCUGUCGAUGCACGGCUCCAACCAAGUUAGAGGGUGGUUUGGACCAUGGUUUCCUAUACCUGUUAGCACGAUAUCCAUACCCAUGCCAGCUGAGCAUCAUACUUGAGUUUCAGGAACUGAUGCUCUAUUUCAUGACGUAAAGAAUUUCGCUUCUCCCUCCACUGUUUUCUUUCCUCGUCCAAUUCAGUAUCCUCGUCAUUGCUUUUAGCCCACAAGGUGAUGGCAUACUCAAGCGAUACCCCCCAAGAGUCCACAUAGGAAACCCAUUGCUCGACGACCUUGCUUUGGAGACGCUUUUUUAUCGUAAAAUCUUGGUGAAGAAGCCAUCUCAUGUAAAUUCUCCCCAUGCUCUUAACUGCGAAGUUGUGAGGUGUCGCGUCAAAGCUUCGUUAGAGCAUGUUCUGUUCCAGUUGAGCCAGUCGUGAUACAUCUCGCAGGUUACGAAAAUUGAGGGUGUAGCGGAGAGUGUGACGAAGGUUUUGUCUUGAUGCCAUUGUCUUCGUAUACCGUGGAGGUCACUGAAGAGAAAGUUGUACUUGGAAAGACUGAGUGAUUGGUGAAUACAGCUAGGUAUUCCUAUACCUGUAUUAGUAGAUUGAUAGAGUCGAACAAAUAAGCAC